AUGGAACAUCGCAAAGCACUGACUUCUGACCUAACCACGAUGAAUUCAAAUAACAAUAACAAUUCUCAUCAUCAUCAUCAUCGACAGAGAAAGGAAAUAGCGAAGCAACAGCCGUUAGGAUCAUUAGCAUUAUCAAAAAAGAGACAAGUCAAAUCGGUAUCAAUCACUAAUCCCAAUAUUCAUGAAGAAAAUAUAUCAGUAAGUGUUCAACGUCGUCAGCAACGAAUACCAAUGAAAAAUCCAUUAUCAUGGAAAAAAAGAUGGUCCACAUGGUUUUCUUCAUGCAGUACAGAACGAACGGCUUAUGUUAAGUGUAAUCCAAUAACAGUAACAAUUGAGAAAAAUCCAUCAACAACUAAUUCAACACUUGCUAUUAAUCCUAUAUCCAACGAUAAUCAAGAAAAAAUUUCAUCAAAAAUUUCUUCUCAUCAACAUCGACAUCAUCAUCAAUCAAACGAUAAAGUUAAUAAUUCAAAUAGUGUUAUUUAUCGUGACGCAUCGAAUCGUUAUUCAAAUACAUUUUUGCCUUCGACACGCUACGAAAAAGGAGGGCAACAUCAAAGUCAAACAUCAAUUGCCGCUAUACCAUCAACAACCAAUACUUCUCAACAUACUCAUCAAAAACAACAAGCACGACAAUUGAGUCGUUCUGCUGAUCGUCUCAAUAGUAAAUCAAGUCGUCGAGAAUUACGUUAUGAAGAACAUAACGAUUACAUUCCACCACCACCGCCACUUAAUUCAAUUCAAUGUCAUCCAACGAUUGAUCAUUAUGCACGAACUUUAAAUCAAUCAUCAUAUUUCUGUUCAACACAUCGUCGUAGUCAGAUAGAAGUAUAUCAACUAUCAACAGAAAGAAAUCGUCUUACAUUACCAAGACCAUAUUCAUCAAAUAUCCCAUUCACACAGAAUACAACAUUAACAAAUAUUCCUAUUACAUACAGUUACACGAUAGAUAAUAUUCCGAUUAUGUCUCAAACAUCAUCUGAUAAUAAUAAUACGUAUGGAAAAUUAUCUGAUUGUCAUUCACCCUUAACACCAGUAGAAAAUUCAUCUGUCAAAGCACCACGUCGUAUUGAAAUAACAUAUAGUCAAUUUCCAACAACAACAACAACAACACAAGAAGAACCUGUUUAUGCAAAUACACAAUCACUUUAUGAUAAUAUACUUUAUCCGGAAUCAUCAUCAAAAUCUAAAACAUUAAAUCGAAAUGAAAAAAAUAAACUAGAAAAAAAAUCUUGCGCAUCUCAAACACAAUUAACAUGGACAAUGGCAACAUUUUCAUCAUUUGUUGAUUUAGAAAAUCAAUCAAUUAUUAUUCAACAACCAGAUCCAACAACACUUUAUUCUAUUAUACAACGUCCUCAAACAGAACCACCACCAUCAGCAUCAUCCACAACUAUUGAACAAAUGAAAGCAAUGUCACCAAGUUUACAAUAUAUCGAUGAUAACAGUACUCCAUCACAUUAUCGAUAUCCACGUACUCCAACUCCAUCUAAAACUUUACUAAUUGAAAAACGUGAUGGUUCUUUUCAAACACUUGUUACUAUGACACCAACUCAAGCUACUGAUUCAAAUAAACAAAUAGCUAUUCAUGAGUCAACACCAUCACCAUUAUCGACUGGUUCAUCAUCAACAACUGAUCAUUAUCAUCAUCAUCAUCAUCAUCACCAUCAUCAUCGUCAUCGACGACAUAAAUCCCAAAGUAAUACAAGUCGAAAUAAUAUUAGUACACGUGAUGUUGGUCUUCAAGUAAAUAUUCAAACAGUUAAAAAAAUAACAUUUUCAUCACAAAAAAGUGAUGAUUCAUCACUAACAACAUCAGCAUCAUCACCACCAACAGUUAUAUCAACUCGUGAAUUAAAAAGUGUUCAAACAAAUACUGAACCAUUCGUAACUAAACAUGAUAGAAGUACAUCAUGUGAAAGAAAUAUUCCUACGAUAAAAUCAUCAUCGACACAAACACUUGAUUCCCCAAUGAAUAUAGAAUGGCAAACAAAAGCUGCACAAACACUUACUAAAUCUUUACGAGAUCAAUCAAUUGAAACAAAUAAUCGGGGUUUAUUUGUUUGUGAUCUUAGUUCAUUUUUAAAAAAUGGUGUUGAAGAAAUAUCAACAUCAACAACAAAAAAACUAUAA